GGCGCCGCACACCCCGGCCACCCACCCUCGACCAUGGCCCAGGCGGACGACGAGGCGCUGCCCGGGCUCGACUACGCCGUGCAGAUCCGCGUCGCCAUCCAGGAGGCCGAGGACGCGGGCGAGCUGGAGGACGACGAGGAAGGUCGGGGCGCGGGGGACCCGGCGCGCUACCUGAGCCCCGGCUGGGGCAGCGCCAGCGAGGAGGAGCCCAGCCGCGGGUUCAGUAGUGCCCCAACCAGUGGAGGUGAGAAUGAACGGGAGGAGCAAGAGCAGGAGUGGAGGCCACCAGACCAGGAACUGAUCAGAAAACUGGUAGAGCAGAUCGAGUUCUAUUUCUCUGAUGAAAACCUGGAGAAGGACGCCUUCCUGCUCAAGCAUGUGAGAAGGAACAAGCUGGGCUAUGUGAGUGUCAAACUCCUUACAUCCUUUAAAAAGGUGAAACAUCUCACUCGGGACUGGAGAACAACUGCAUAUGCCUUGAAGUACUCAGUGAUCUUGGAGUUGAAUGAGGACCACAGGAAGGUGAGGAGGACCACCCCCGUCCCACUCUUCCCCAACGAGAACCUUCCCAGCAAGAUGCUCCUGCUCUAUGAUCUCUACCUGUCCCCCAAGCUGUGGGCCCUAGCUACACCUCAGAAGAAUGGCAGGGUUCAGGAGAAGGUGAUGGAGCAUCUUCUUAAGCUCUUUGGGACCUUUGGGGUGAUCUCAUCAGUGCGGAUUCUCAAGCCUGGGAGAGAGCUGCCACCGGACAUCCGAAGGCUCAGUAGCCGAUACAGCCAAGUGGGGACUCAGGAAUGUGCCAUCGUGGAGUUUGAGGAGGUAGAGGCAGCCAUCAGAGCCCAUGAGUUCAUGGUCACAGAAUCGCAGGGCAGGGACAACAUGAAAGCUGUCCUGAUUGGGAUGAAGCCACCCAAAAAGAAACCUUUUAAGGACAGGAAUCAGGACGAGGAACCCAUAGCCAGCGUCUACCUCAAGUCCCCAAACAAGAGAGUGGAAGAGCUUCAGUACAUGGGUGAUGAGUCUUCUGCCAACAGCUCCUCUGACCCUGAGAGCAACCCCACGUCCCCCAUGGCUGGCCGGCGGUACACACUUAAUAACAAGCUGAGCCCUGCUGGCCACCAGAAUCUCUUCCUCAGUCCCAGUGCCUCCCCCUGCUCUAGUCCCUGGAGCAGCCCCUUAGCUCAACGCAAAGGGGUUUCUAGGAAGUCCCCUCUGGCAGAGGAGGGCAAGCUGAACUGUAGCACCAGUCCUGAGAUCCUUCGAAAGUGCAUGGAUUACUCCUCUGAUAGUAGCAUCACACCUUCUAGCAGUCCCUGGGUGCGUAGACGCCGCCAAGCUGAAAUGGGGACCCAGGAGAAGAGCCCUGGAGCAAGUCCCCUGCUGUCUCGGAAGAUGCAGACUGCAGAUGGGUUGCCUGUGGGGGUGUUGCGGUGGCCCAGGGGUCCUGACAACACCAGGGGUUUUCAUGGGGGACAUGAGAGGAGCAGGGCCUAUGUGUAAAUACCUUCUAUUUUUAUGAGCAGCUCCAUUAAGACCACCUUGGUGUUCAAGGAUGUUCACAAGCACUUGGCAUGACCUAGAUGACAUGAAGUCUUCUUUGAAAAAUUUUGUAUCCUAUAACCCUUUAAUUUAUAUAUUUGUCAUGUGUUGAGCUGUCUGGUAUUCUGUAAUUUUGUUCAGAACACCUCUUCCUCCCUGCAUGACUGUCCCCAAGAGUAUGAAGAUUGUAUACUGCUCUGCUGGGCUGUGAGAUUGGGGCUUCCCAGGAAAGGUCUAACAACAGACCUCUUCUUCAGAGUGGGGUUCUUCCCAGGAUGCUAGAGUUGGGCCAUACUAGUUCUUACUGGCAGCCCAGAGAAGUGUUGCAGUGUUCCAGCAACUGAGUAAGCUAGCAGCUUGGCACCUUCUGAGACCAAAUGUAUGUGUUCUGUCAUGUGAAUAAAUAAUAAAACACCCAA